GAUUAUCCUCUCCGAAGUCCUUAUAGGGUUUAUAUUCGUGGCUCGCUCAAAAACCCUUUUCUCUCUGGUCUCUACCGUCGUCACCGCCGGGAGGCGAAUCAAGCCUAGCAGCAAUGGCGGGCUUUGUCAAAGCUCAUAAGACAAAGGCGUACUUCAAGCGUUUUCAAGUUAAAUACAAAAGAAGGAGAGAGGGAAAGACUGACUACAGGGCGAGGAUUCGCCUGAUCAACCAGGACAAGAACAAGUACAACACGCCAAAAUAUCGAUUUGUUGUACGAUUUACUAACAAAGAUAUUACUGCACAAGUAAUAUAUGCAAGUAUUGCUGGUGAUAUGGUCCUUGCAGCAGCAUAUUCUCAUGAGUUGCCGCGCUAUGGUCUUGAAGUAGGUCUGACUAACUAUGCAGCAGCCUACUGUACUGGACUUCUCUUGGCUCGCCGAGUACUGAAGAUGCUUGAAAUGGAAGAUGAGUAUCAAGGCAAUGUGGAGGCAACUGGGGAGGAUUACGCUGUAGAACCCACAGAGAGCAGGAGGCCUUUCCACGCUCUUCUUGAUGUUGGCCUUGUUAGAACAACCACCGGAAACCGUGUUUUUGGUGCCCUUAAGGGAGCAUUGGAUGGUGGACUAGACAUUCCGCAUAGUGACAAAAGGUUUGCUGGCUUCAAAAAGGAGGACAAGCAGCUGGAUCCUGAGGUUCACCACAAAUACAUAUAUGGUGGACAUGUUGCUUCAUACAUGAUGACAUUGAUGGAAGAUGAGCCAGAAAAAUACCAGUCUCACUUCGGUGAGUACAUCAAGAAAGGGAUCGAGCCUGAUAACAUAGAAGCGUUGUACAGGAAGGUCCAUGCAGCUAUUCGUGCUGACCCUACCAUGAAGUCUGAGAAGCAACCUCCCAAGGAACACAAGAGGUAUAAUUUGAAGAAACUGACCUACGAGGAAAGGAAGUCUAAGUUGAUUGAGAGAUUGAAUGCUCUCAAUUCGGCAGCUGGAGCAGAUGAUGAUGAUGAUGAAGACGACGAGUGAAAGUACCCUGAAAAAUAUAAGAAAAUUYUGGGUGUUCCUACUCUCUACAUCUACCUUUUGCCAUUUCCCCAUUAGUUCAUUUUGGAACAACAUUAUAAUUUUUUGCACUCUAGCAGUAUGGAGGAGUUUUAGUUUUUUGAAUGCUGGCCCUUUUUGAAACAUUGUUAUUCACCUGCGUCUUCCUUUGGCUGUUUCCGCAAACGGUGCAAUCAUUAGGAAAGAUCACUGGUUUUGCCAAGGAGAAUGCAAUGUCUGGUUUAAGCAAUUUUUUUUAAUAGAAUUCGGUUUUAUAACUUCAAAGAAUUAAUGAAGAGCCAUCCUUGUAUCA